AUGAGACAACAAAUCUUCAUUACAUUCUUGUUGAGCCUUCUCAGCUCGGUCGUGUGCGAGACACAAUGCCGGUGCUUCCCAGGCGACGCAUGCUGGCCUUCUGAGGACGACUGGGCGUCUUUUAACGCAUCUGUGGGUGGAGCACUCAUUCGGACUGUUCCAGUCGCAAGUGUCUGCCAUGGCGAGCAGUAUAAUGAGAGUGCCUGUGCAGCAGUACAAGCUGACUGGCCGUAUCCGACGUUGCACUAUCAGUCACCUCAUAGUAUCAUGAGUACGCUGGCAGCGAACCAGAGCUGCGACCCCUUUACGGGCCGUGAUGCCCAGUGCGUCAUUGGAACGUAUGUACAGUAUGCUGUCAACGUGUCCGAGGUCGAACAGAUUGCCAAGACUGUCAAGUUUGCCGUGGAAAAGAACAUACGCUUGAUUAUCAAGAAUACGGGACAUGAUUAUUUUGGAAAAUCAACCGGAGCUGGUGCCGUGUCUGUCUGGACACAUAAUAUGAAGGACCUCGAGGUCCUCGAUUGGAAAGGCGAGCACUAUACCGGACCAGCUAUCCGAGCUGGAGCAGGCGUUCAGGGAUUCGAGGCAAUUGAGUUUGCAGGAACCCAUGAUCUCGUGGCAGUGACUGGAAGUUGUCCCAGUGUCGGACUGGCGGGUGGAUACACCCAAGGAGGUGGACAUAGUUCUCUCGCAUCCAAGUUUGGCCUGGCUGCGGAUAAUGCUUUGGAAUUUCAAGUCGUCGACGGCUCGGGGAAUAUCUUGAUUGCAAAUCGAGAGGAGAAUUCCGACCUGUUUUGGGCACUGAGUGGUGGGGGAGGCGGUACGUAUGGAGUCGUAAACCGCAUCACAGUCCGAGCUCACCAGACAUUCCCGGUCGUUACCUACGGUCUGAGCUUUCCCAUGGCGUCGACAUCAAAUGACACACUCCGCGGAGCCAUAUCUUCCUUCCACAGUGUCGUGCCAAGUCUUGUGGACCGUGGCAUCUAUGCACUCAACAGCCUGUCGUCCGGCUACUUUUCUGUAUCUUUGCUGGCCCCCAACACAACUGCUGAUGAAAUCGGCCAGCUCUUGUCGUCAUUUCUCGCAUAUCUCGACCAAAAUGGUGUAGCAUAUGCUCCAACAACGACCUCACACGACUCCUACGCAGACUCUUAUGGCAACGGCAGCUCGACAAGUUUUGUGCAUGUUCAAGGCGGGAGCUGGUUGAUACCCCGCGAUGUUGCCUCGGAUGGAGAGAUGGACGACGCCUUCAUUGACGCCGUGCUCUCUACAGCAGCUGCAGGGGCCACCAUAGGCACGCUUGGCUUCAAUGUGUCCAAGGCCGUAGCCGGUGAUGUUGAUAAUGCUGUUCUAGAGGCGUGGAGGCAGGCUUUAUAUUACACCUUGAUUGUCAUGCCAGAACCGUCGAAUGAGACACUUGCGGACGGUUACGCGCGCCUGGAGACUAUAGAGAACGAGAUCAUGUCAAAGUUCAAAGCCAUUGCUCCAGAGAGUGGCGCUUACUUGAACGAGGCCAGUGCAGCAGACGUCAAUUGGAAGAACGAUUUCUAUGGCGCAAAUUACGACCGCUUGUUAUCGAUCAAGAACAAAUACGAUCCAAACCACUUGUUUUAUGCUCCCAAAGCAGUCGGGAGUGAUUACUGGGUCGAACAAGAUGACAAACGGUUGUGUCUUGCCAACGCGCAAUAA